AUGCAGACCGCCCUGACGAGGCGCCUAACCCAGGGUGCUUCAUCCUCGUUGUUUUUACGACCAUCGACCAGAUUUCAACACCAUCAGCUUAUCAGACAUACCACGCGCCGUCCUAUAUCCUUCCGACACGUACAACCUUUGCCAUUAAUACAAAAAUCUGCUAGAAAGCUGUCUGCCCCGCUCCUCCGCCAUGCUCAUACCAUAUCAGUAUCAGGAUUGAAAGCGUUCAUAUGGCGGUAUCCGGCGCUUCGGUUCCUCUACCAUGGCUUUGCCUACUUGGGGUUCUUGAUGAUUGGUGGUGGAGCGGUGGUUGCAAGUGUCUUUCUUUAUGAUUACACCACGUAUAGCGAAGAUCCUAGUAUGGAGGACAUACCUGUAUCGGAAUUGGCGCUGAGACCGAAACGUGGCGGACCGAAGAAUCUACCUAUCGCAGAGGUUCUGGUUGACGAUGAAGAUAGUGAAGCCAUGCAGGCGCAGCGCGAUAAGCCCAAGUUGGUCAUCCUGGGCACUGGUUGGGGAAGCGUCGCACUGCUCAAGACGCUGAACCCGGGAGAUUAUCAUGUUACUGUUGUAUCGCCCGUCAACUACUUCUUGUUUACGCCUAUGUUACCAUCAGCAACAGUUGGAACUUUGAGUUUGAAAUCACUUGUGGAACCGGUGCGACGUAUUGUUCAUCGUCUUCGUGGCCAUUUCUUGAAGGCGGAGGCGGAGGAUGUUGAUUUCUCGUCCAAGUUGGUAGAGGUAUCUCAGGUGGAUGCCAGUGGUAAACGACAGCACUUCUAUCUUCCGUAUGACAAGCUUGUCAUUGCUGUUGGCUCUACUACGAAUCCCCAUGGUGUCAAGGGCCUAGAAAACUGCCACAUGCUCAAAUCCAUCGAUGACGCACGAAAGAUCAAGAACAGGGUAACGGAUAACAUGGAACUCGCAUGCCUACCGACAACAUCUGAUGAAGAGCGGAAAAGGCUGCUUUCAUUCGUGAUCUGCGGUGGUGGACCGACUGGUGUCGAGUUCGCCGCUGAGCUCUACGAUUUGCUCAAUGAGGAUCUGAGAAAGAGUUUCCCCAAGAUUCUGCGAAAUGAGAUAUCUGUCCAUGUUAUUCAAAGCCGAAGCCACAUUUUGAAUACAUACGAUGAGGCCCUUUCGAAGUAUGCUGAGUCACGAUUUGCACAUGACUCCGUCGAGGUCUUGACAAACUCUCGAGUGAAGGAAGUUCGUCCAGACAAGAUCCUUUUCACACAACAGGAAGAUGGUAAGACUGUGACGAAGGAGAUCCCCAUGGGUUUCUGCCUGUGGUCAACUGGAGUGUCACAAACCACAUUUGCUCAAAAGCUGGCUAAGAAACUCGAAUCGCAAAACAACAAACAUGCUUUGGAAACCGACACACAUCUGCGACUAAUCGGAGCUCCCCUAGGUGACGUUUACGCCAUUGGAGACUGCGCAACAGUCCAAAACAACAUCGCUGACCACAUGAUCACCUUCCUCCGCACAAUAGCAUGGGAAAAGGGCAAAGACCCCGAAAAAGUCCAUCUCACCUUCGGCGAAUGGCGUGAUGUCGCAGAGCGUGUCAAGAAGCGAUUCCCUCAAGCCACUACCCAUCUCCGCCGUCUUGAUCGACUCUUCCAGGAAUACGAUCGCGAUCAUUCAGGAACCCUCGACUUUGAUGAACUUCACGAACUACUCAUGCAAAUCGACUCGAAACUAACCUCCUUACCCGCCACGGCACAACGCGCCAAUCAACAAGGUGAAUACCUAGGCCGGAAAUUUAACCACAUUUCCAAAGCGCUACCGGGCAUGCGCGCCAAUGAGAUUGACUACGGCGACCUCGAUGAGGCAGUCUACAGAGCAUUCAGCUACAAACACCUGGGAAGUCUGGCAUAUAUCGGUAAUGCAGCGAUCUUUGACUUCAAUGGUUUAAACUUUAGUGGUGGGUUGAUGGCUGUGUACUUGUGGAGGAGUAUCUAUUUCUCGCAGAGUGUUAGUUUGAGGACUCGUGCGUUGUUGGCGAUGGAUUGGACGAAGAGGGCGUUUUUUGGUAGAGAUAUUAUGAGCUUCUAG